AUGAACUGCACUCCCAAUGCCAGCGUCGUUCCACAGCUGGGACUUGAAGAGGAUGCCAGGUCCCAGGAGAGUGGCGGCGGCGGCGGUGGUGGUGGUGGUGGUAGUGGUGGAGGCAGUGGGGGCUUUUGGGUGACCUCCGUGCUUGGUGCCACCCUCAUGAUCAUGUGCGCCAUGGGUUUAGCAGGCAACAUUUACACCCUCAUCAUCACUCGCUCAGCUGCUCUGCGUCGGACCGGUUCCAUGUACGUCUACAUCAUCAACCUAGCUCUGGCCGACCUGCUCUACCUCUCCACCAUCCCCUUUGUGGUCUGCACCUACUUCGCCCACGACUGGCUGUUCGGCGAGGCCGGCUGCCGCAUCCUGCUGAGUCUGGACCUCCUCACCAUGCACGCCAGCGUCUUCAUUCUGGUCGCCAUGAGCCUGGAGCGCUACCGUGCUGUGGCUAAGCCCUUCAGCGCGCACAGGUCCUCGUCUCGCAAUCGAAAGCUAGUCGCAGGGGUUAUCUGGGGGUUAGCUUUCGUGCUAACGCUUCCAAUGAUGGUUAUGAUACGUCUCAGGGAAGGCAAGCCGAAUGCGUCAGGUUUGGUGAAGAGGAUCUGCUUCCCUACCUGGACUCCUGAACCCUUCAAGGCGUAUAUCACCGUCCUGUUCCUGACCAGUGUUUUAGUCCCUGGAUUGGUGAUCGUUGGGCUGUAUGUGGGGCUAGCUAGGCGCUACUGGACCGCGCAAGCUAGCUUAGGAGGCAGCAGCCGCUGUGCUCGGAGGAGAGGACUCAAACAAAGAGUGGUGUCGAUGAUCUUUAGCAUCGUCGUUGCUUACUGGGCUUGUUUCUUACCUUUCUGGGGAUGGCAACUCGCCAAACUGUUCUCUCCAGAGUCCCUUAGGUCGCUGUCUCAAGCAGCUCAUAAUUACGUCAAUUUCUUCGUCACAUGUCUGACCUAUGGGAACAGCUGUAUCAAUCCGUUUCUUUACACCCUACUUACCAGGAACUACAAAGAUUACUUGGCCCAGAAAGGUCAGUCUGUGGCUUCAAGCAGGGCUGACCCUGGGUCAGCUGUGACUACACCACUGCACGACCUUUAG